AUGAAUUCUAAUGUGUGCCUCUCAUUUGCCAUCUUGGACCAUUACAUGUGGCUCGCAGUUUCCUCUCACACAACGGCUCUUGCUUUCGAUUUACACCGUCGAUUCGGCAUCGCAACAAAAUUUGGCCGAACCGAUGAGGGCGCUGCAGUACUUUCAAGGUUCCUUCUGUUUGCCUGGGGAUGUCCAAUCCUUGUGGUUGUUCCGUGCCUUGGAAUCUACUUCAGCGGCACCAAGCUUCCACACUUCAACCUGACCUACAGGACAGUGAACUGUUGGAUCGGUGAUGGUAUGGCCGAUGUGUAUGUCUUUGCGAUCCCCGUCGCUUCUCUUCUUUUCUUCAAUCUCAUUUUGUUCGCCAUGGUAAUUGCCGGUCUUCUUCAGAAGAGAAUGAGCCCUGUCAACAAACACAAGAGCAAAUAUUCUAGUCUCCGAUCGGACCUUUUGAUUUACAUAAAGAUGUCCACACUGCUCGGUUUCACCUCGAUAUUGGGUUUCGUAGCUGCCUUUGCUGAUGUCACAGCUCUCUGGUAUAUCUUCUGGUAUAUCGACUCUCUCCAGGGAGUCUAUAUCUUCAUUGCAUUCGUUUGUAACAAGCGUGUGUUCAAGCUCUGGCGGGACUAUUGUACAUGCCUCGAUAGAGUCUCCUCGACGACAUCAUCCAGGUCAAAGACAACAACAUCAGACAGAGUGAAGAUGAAAGGAUCAAAGUGUGAAAUGGCUGAGAAUGAAUCAAUGCUCUGA